CGGAACAGAAAGCGCAGAAGGAAGGAAGCGCACGCAGCGGGAGCGCGAGGCAUGAGCGGCUGAUGGAGCGCGCGGAGCAGCAGCGGCACGCGCACAGCCCCGAGAAACAGGUGUCCAGCGCGGAUGUGCAGGUGUGUGUGAUGGGGGACGCGUGUGUGUACAAGCUGGGCUCUGUGAAGCACCUGCGGCUGCUCCUGCUCAUCUUCCUGCCGUGUGUGUGUGGCCUCGUCUGCCUGCUCACACUGCUGCUCGCCUUCACAGGAAUAAUCGGGAGUGGCCUGCUGGACUCCGAUGACUCCGCCCACUUUUCUGGUACAGACGUCUCUGUGGCGACUCUUGUCCCCCUCAUGGCCUUCACUACAGGUUGGACGGCUGGCAAUAGCACAGUGACGACGGCACCGGUCACCACAGCAACCUUUCAGUCGGACUUGCCGCCUGACGACGUGAUGACCUCCUACAUUUCUUCAUCAUCAUCAUCAUCAUCCUCAGUGACCCCAACACCUGCGGCCACUUCUGAUUGGCUGAUGAUGUUCUCCACCAUGAGCUCCCUGGGAACCCUAUCGAGCCCCACCAGUGCGACCCCCGAGCCGGGCACCUGCUUUGACAUCACGGAGAGCCAGUGUCACAUGCUGCCGUAUAACCAGAGCGGCGUGUUGCCGGGGGCAACGGCGGUGAGGGGGGCGGAGUUAGAGAUGUUCCUGAAGUUCUUCAGCUAUCUGAGCAGACUGAGCUGCUACAGACACAUCAUGCUGUUCGGCUGCUCCAUCGCUCUGCCGCAGUGCAUUAAACAGGGAGACAGCAGUCGGUUCCUGCUGCCGUGUCAGUCGUUCUGCGAGGCUGCGAGGGAGGGCUGCGAGCCGGUUCUGCAGAUGUUUAACGCGUCUUGGCCCGAGUUCCUGCGCUGCUCUCAGUUCACCAACAUCAGCUCAACAACCAGCGCAGCCCAUCCGGCCUGUUACACACCGCGACACGCCAAGGGGAAGCCCUCUGUGUGUGGAGGCACCGACAGCUUCCUGUGUGCCACAGGAAUUUGUGUCCCCCGGAAACUGGUGUGUAACGGAUUUAAUGACUGUGACGACUGGAGCGACGAGGCCGACUGCAUCUGCGCUGAUGGAGAGUUUAGCUGUGGAACUGGACGCUGUGUGAAUGUUUCUCUGCUGUGUGAUGGUUAUGAUGACUGUGGUGAUCUCAGCGACGAGCACAACUGCAAGUGUGACCUGGUGAAGGAGCACCGGUGUGGAGAGGGGCGCUGUAUCCCACCAGAGUGGCUCUGCGACGGAGACCACGACUGUCUGGACAAGAGUGAUGAACUCAACUGCUCAUGUAAAGCUCAGGGCUUGUUGGAGUGUAAGAAUGGCCAGUGUAUUCCCAGUGCCUUUCGCUGUGACGGCGAGGACGACUGCAAGGAUGGCAGUGAUGAAGAAAACUGCACAAAGCAGCUGAUUCAGGGAUCUUGUCCUCCAGGUCAGCCAAGCUGUAUUUCUACUUCCUGUUCUCCAGGCUGCAGUGGCAGCGCCCCCUGUGACCCCCGCAGCAACACCACCACCAACUGCAGUGCGUGUGAGCCCAUCUCUCUGGAGCUCUGUAUGAAUCUGCCCUAUAACUCCACGCGCUUCCCCAACUUCCUGGGUCACCAGUCUCAGAAGGAGAGCUCGGUCAGCUGGGAGUCGUCCCUCUUCCCCGCGCUCGUCCAGACCAACUGCUACAAAUACCUCAUGUUCUUCGCCUGCACUGUGCUGGUGCCCAAGUGUGACCCCGUCACUCAGCUCAGAGUGCCGCCCUGCAGGUCUCUCUGUAGGAGCUCUAAGGAGCGCUGUGAGUCGGUGCUGAGCAUUGUGGGAUUGCAGUGGCCGGAGGAUACGGACUGCGCUCAGUUUCCAGAGGAAGGACAAGCGAACACUUCCUGUCUGCUCCCUGACCCAGACGUAGACGAGUGUUCUCCCAGUCACUUUAAGUGCCGGUCAGGGCGCUGUGUCCUGUCCUCUAAACGCUGUGAUGGACACAUGGACUGUGAUGAUGACAGCGAUGAGGACAACUGCGGCUGUAAGGAGCGAGGUCUGUGGGAAUGCCCUACAGAUAAAAGCUGCAUACAGCACUCCAGGAUCUGUGACGGAUUCCCCGACUGCAGCCAACUGGAGGACGAGAGGAACUGCUCGGUGUGCAGUGAUAACGAGCUGGAGUGUAAUAAUCACGAGUGUGUGCACCGAACUCUGUGGUGUGACGGACGGAAACACUGUUCAGACAGUUCAGACGAGUGGAACUGCGUCUCUCUGUCUGGCUCGUCCUCGGCCGUGUUGGUGGUCACCAAGACGGCGGCGGAGUAUCAGGUGUGUGCGGACGAGUGGAACCCUCACCUCAGCAACAUCGCAUGCACACAGCUGGGUUUAGGUUCUCCUCUGUCAGCUGAAGCAGUGGAUGAUGUUCCUGCAGCUGGACGGAGACGCUGGCUGCACGUCCAUCCUGACUGGAGCCACCGCAACACCACGGCCCUGCAAGGGCUUCUGGAGAAGAGAGGGCACUCCUGUCACUCGCGCAAGAGGAUCGCGCUCACGUGCAGCCGAGACGAGUGCGGCCGCAGGCCCGCAGCGCGGAUGGUGAAGAGGAUUCUGGGAGGCCGUACGAGUCGCCCCGGGCGAUGGCCGUGGCAGUGUUCGUUACAGAGUGACCCCAGCGGUCACAUCUGUGGGUGUGUGCUGAUCGGGAGGAGGUGGGCUCUCACCGUAGCCCACUGCUUUGAGGGGCGUGAGAGUGCGGACGUGUGGAAGGUGGUCUUGGGCAUUAAUAACCUGGACCACCCAUCCGAGCACAUGCAGACGCGGCGCGUGGAGCGAGUGAUCGUACACUCGCGCUACAACCGCGCCGUGGUGGACUACGACAUCAGCAUCAUUCAGCUGGACGCCGAGGUGGACGUCAGCAGCUACGUCCGGCCGGUUUGUCUGCCUCAGCCUGGACGUCUGCCCACGCCAGACACCUACUGCUACAUCACUGGCUGGGGACACAUGGGCAACCGCAUGCCGUUUAAGCUGCAGGAGGGGGAGGUGAGGAUCAUCUCUCUCUCUCAGUGUCAGUCUUACUUUGAUAUGAAGACCAUCACCUCCCGGAUGCUCUGUGCAGGAUACGAGGCGGGAACCAUCGACUCCUGCAUGGGUGACAGUGGGGGUCCGCUGGUGUGUGAGGACCCUGACGGUCGGUGGUCUCUGUACGGUUUGACCUCCUGGGGGUCUGUGUGUUUCUCCAAAGUGCUCGGACCCGGAGUGUACGCCAAUGUCACACACUUCACAGAGUGGAUCCAGAGACAGAUUUACCUACACACAUUUCACCUGGACUAGAACACACACACACACACACACACACACACACUCACACACACACACACACACACACACACACAGGUAAUGCAGUCAGAGUGUGUGUGUGUGUGUAUGUGUGAGGGAUGAAAUGUUGCUGAUGCAGGAAAAAUGGAGAGAAAAGGCGAGUGUGUAUCUAAUCAUUCCAAAAGGGGUGUGAGAGAGUUUGUGUGUGUGUGUGUGUGUCAGUGUGUGUGUGUGUGUGUUAUAUAAAGGGAUGAUAACAGUAGGAGGAGUUUAUUCAUUAUUGACUGUUAAGUGUUGCUGCUGUCUGUUGCUACUUUUGCCAAACAGCCGACCAAACACACACACACACACACACACACACACACACACACACACAGAGCAGCACACUUCACACACUCCGUCCAUCUGUGUGUGUGUGUGUUUGAACAGGUGUUCACUAAUCAGAGCCCACAGAUUUAAGAAGUCCCUCAAAGGUUUGGGGACACUGAGCCUUUCAGAAGGUCUUUAAUACUGAUGAUCGUGUUUAGUGGUUUUACAGUAACUUUAUUUAGAGGACAACAGUAUAUAACGUGUGAAUAUUAGUGACAGUAUUAGUGCGAGUUCGGGAGUAAAGGCCUCCUGCUUGUUGUGAUGUCACUCCUGGUAAUGAAACUUUUUUUAGGAAUUUUAGCUUAAAGCCAGCGUUAAACUACACGACCUUCACCCCGAUUUUAGCCCUGAUUCUCAGUCUGAGUCUGAGCUGUCGGCUCUAGUCUGCAGAUGUUUGAGUCAGUCGGAGUCAGCAGAUGGAGAGAGAGUCGAGUCGUAUAUGAGGGGCGUAGACUCAGAUUUACUGCCUCCCGAUCACGUUUCAGACCGGUCAGAGCUUAUCAAAUACGUCUGAUUAUUUCGACCUGACUCUGAGUGUAAUCUAGCGUAAACUAGUCAACGACUCAAUCUGAGCGGAUUCCUGCAACAACCAAUGAAAACUGAGAGCACAAAAGAACAAAAUACAGCAAGAUAACAAAGAAAAACGGAGAACAGUCUCUCACGUGUGGAGCGAAGCUUUUUAAUGAGCUGAGUUUAAGAUACAAUCAAGUUUAUGUACAUUUAAAACUCUAAAAAAUACCAACUGAUCAUAUUUUAAAUCCAUGAUCCUCAAUUAAACAUGUUUACCUGCUGCUUCUUUACUGUUUCAGCGCAAACGGCAGAGAAAACAGCAGCAGCUGCUACACGUUUGUUUAUCUGCGUCUCCUAGUAACGGGAGAAUGUAAGAGUUCAGUGAGUUCAGUGAGCUCCAUUCGGUUCAGCAGCAGCUGAAAAGUAGAGUAGUGUGUGAUCCCUAAUCGUUUAGUGUGGAUCCCUAAUAUUUCAGUCGCCCAAAAAAAUCUGCAGAGCCAGUCUGAUAGUGUGAGACGCCCAGUCUGUUAUAAUCUGUUAGGACUUUAAAAGUCGUGUAGUGAACCCGAGGCUUUAGUGAUGAUAAUUGGUGAUCAUUAAUGAAAGUUAUACUUGAAAUAUAUGUGUGUUCUUAAUGGUAAUUAAACUGAAGCUUAAAAACCUGAUUACACUUUAAUUGCUACGUAACACUGUCAUAAGCGUGACGUGGCAGAUGCUGAAUGCUGCCGUGAGCAUGAGUGACAGUCUGAUCUUAGUCUGAUGUGCUGCAGCAGAUCUGUAAAUCUGAAAACUCGACCAUUCAUUUUGGACUUGCUCAGGAGCGCCCUCUAGCGUCUGAGAAACCCAGAAGAGAUUACAGAGUGUAAUUCUCCUCUCUACAAGUUCUCUGAUGUUAACAUCUGGGGACACAAAAACCUGUGGCAUGGCAAAGUGAGUAAAGGAAAACGAUACUUAAAUAAAACAUUGAAUUUAUCCUAUAAUGUGGCGUACAGUCCAUUUAAAAGGCUAGCAAGCUCACUGGUCACUCAGGCGCAAAUAAACUGCAGCUUGUAUGAGGUGACAGGUGACAAACUCUGACAGGUGAGGAAAAAUUUGACGUAACUUCUUCCGACGUAGUCCCUCAGAUCCAAAAGAGGGAACAGAGAAGUGCAAGAGUCCCUCAAUCGAACGCAGAGUCCUGUAGCUAACCACAAAAAACAGGCUACAGAAAUAAACUACCAGCCCUUUUAUUUCCGAAGGCGAGGUGUCCCUAAACGCUUGACCGGCGCAGUGUGUGUCUCUGUGUGUGUGUGUUGGCUGUCUGGCAGUUCUGCGUUAUAGAGCACUCCGUAUCAGUAUCAGUAGUAGUUAGAGUUACUCUGUACAGGUGUAAAGGGCUUCUUCCUGAGGGACGUCUGUAUCUGCUGCUAUCUCUAAUGUAACCUGUUGCCUAAUCACAGCCGCUGAUGUCCAGCCUGGCCAACAUCUACAGUCUGUAAGGGAACAGCUCUGUCUGAAAUGCUAAUGUUGCUAACAGUGAAUGAAAGCGAGUUGCCUAUUGUGAAUUAUGAACUGGUCUGUCCAGCCUCCACCAACGGGUGUGUUCUUCUGUUGCUACUGUUGUGAGGCUGAAGAAGCUUUACAGAAUGGUGGAAGAAAUCCAGUUUAACCCAGUUUAUAUCACAAUACCUACAUUUAGAGUCAGUUAUUCAUUCAGCCUAAUGAGAAACUGUAGAACAGACUCAGUUUAUAUCACAAUACCUACAUUUAGA